AUGACCUGGCGUUUCACUGCAGAAACAGGAUGUCACCCAGAUGUUUAUCGAGAAGCCAAGCGAAUUGAUUCUUGGAAGUGCUGGGCAAAGCGCAGCGAUGGCAACAUCUUCUCGCAGCAAAGCACGUCUGCUCGAAUUGGCUUCAUUGGCUUUGGUAUUUUGGAGCUUGCCAGCAUCUCAGAGUUUCAGUGUUUCCAGCGCUUCAGUGUUAAGAGGCGAGCAGCAGGGCAAACGUAUUUGGCUGCCGCCGGCGGGCUGUGUGCCAGGUGGAGGACGCAGGGUCCUCGUCCGAAUCUUUGCCCGCGGGCGCUGAGUGCAAGCGGGGCCGGCAGAGCCUUGAUGUCCGCUUGUCAGCAGAAGCGGCUAAUGCUGGAAUUGAUGGAGCUGAUGGAGCUCAUGGGGCUGAUGGGGCUGAUGGGGAUGAUGGGGAUGAGGUCCGCUCGGCAGAGGCAGAUGGAGGAGAUGAAGGAUAUGAUGAAGAUGGAGAAUUUGAGGAGGUUGAAGAUCUUGGAGAGGCAGCGGUGGUUGAGGCCUCCAGCCAGGGCAGGGGUCGUCAAUUGCCUGGUAUCGGAGGCGAUGUUCUUCCAGACCAGCAUGUCGACCUCCCGCUGUCAGAUUACGAUGACAAGAUCGAGCAGCUCUUUGAGCAGCUCAUGGUCGUCUUCGUGCGAGGGGGUGUCGCCAUCUGCAAGACAACCCUCGCUCGGGCUCUGGCGCUCGAGUACAAUUCUCAUCUGGAUGGUCCAUUGGCUUUCGCCCUCCGAACUGCUCGAGAGCAGAAUCCGACACUGGUCUUCGAUGAAUGCCACACCAUUUUCCCUCGCGCAAAGUUGA